AUGAAUUAUUUAUCUAUAUAUGAGUGUGGCACGACUGCAAUACAGGACAGUUUAAUUCAACCAUUUAUCAUAAAUGGGAGGGAUACAACCAUCGAGGAGUGGCCCUGGUAUGGAGUACUCCGCGUAAAUGGAACAUUCCUAUGUGGGGCGUCCCUUAUUGAUUCAAACUGGGCUAUAACAGCGUCUCAUUGCAUCAGAAGUUAUUCCUUUUAUGUCGUUUACACUGUGAGCUUUGGUAUAAAUUCCCGAAAUUCCGAUGACAAAUGGCAUCAAGAAAUUGAAGUGGAGGAAAUAAUAGGAAACGAUUACAUAUCGUCACCUUGGCUUAUAAAUGACAUUACUUUACUCCGAUUGAAAUAUCCUGCACAAAUUAACAACUUUACAAGGCCUGUCUGUCUACCAACUCCUGCUUCUCUUCAAACUAUUAGAACACAGGGACCUCUUGCUGAAUGUUUUGUGAUUGGUCAAGGUACAACAGAUAAAGUAUUUGCAGAUCCUACCUCUGGCGAUAUUCUCUCAGAUGUUUUACAACAGAAACAGGUUCUUAUUCUAUCCAAGGACUACUGUAAGGAAAGCUGGACCUAUAAUCUUAUAGAUCAAUAUAAAGAACUUUUCCCAGAAAAUGUUGUGUGUGUUGGAACAGAGGCACCCAGCUCUCCCUUGUGUUUUGGAGAUUCCGGCGGGCCUCUUGUUUGUAAGGCGGACAGUGGUCGGUGGGAAUUAUUUGGUAUCGUGAGUUUUGGGUACGGAACCUGCUAUCAUGACCUUAUCCCGUCCGUGUUGACCUCUGUGGCUGAUUAUAGAGGGUGGAUUAAAGAUGUCACAGGUUUGAAACUGGGAGGACAAUGAUGAA